AUGGCAUCCAGGUUUCCUUCCAAUCUAACAGAACGUAAUAAAUGGUUAAAUAAUGUGGAACUAAAAAGACCCUUUUUUGAAAAAGCAAAGAUUUGUAACCUCCAUUUCAAAUCAACCGAUUACAUGAUUACGGGGAAACGACUGAGACAAGGAGUCACACCGUUUUUAAAUGAAAUAGCAGAUUGUUCUCUGGUACAGACACAAGUAAACAAAGAAAAUCAACCAUCAUAUUUAUCUGAUACUUUAAGGGUGAUGAAGAUUCGAAUAUUUUAA